AGAUUCCUUCAGGCGGCCAACGCCUGCAGAUACUGGCCCACCGGUCGUGGCAUUUAUCACAACGACGCCAAGACUUUCUUGGUUUGGGUCAAUGAGGAGGAUCACUUGCGUAUCAUAAGUAUGCAAAAGGGCGGCGACUUGAAGGAGGUGUUCACUCGUCUAGUGAACGGAAUUAAGACCAUUGAGUCGAAGGUUCCCUUCUCUCGGGACAACAGACUGGGAUUCCUGACGUUCUGUCCGACCAACUUGGGCACCACCAUCCGGGCCAGCGUUCACAUAGCUCUGCCCAAACUGGCGGCCGAUCUCAAGAAGUUGGAGGCCGUGGCCGGAAAAUACAACCUUCAGGUGCGCGGAACCCGCGGAGAGCACACCGAGUCCGAGGGCGGCGUCUAUGACAUCUCCAACAAGCGUCGUAUGGGUCUCACUGAAUACCAGGCCGUGCGGGAGAUGCAGGACGGCAUCCUCGAGCUCAUUAAGAUCGAGAGAUCCCUCUAA